GAAGUCAAGGAGUAAGAGUCCCCUCAAGAAGGACAAGAGUCCGAUCAGGCAGCCCAUUGAUAACCUGACUCCAGAGGAGCGAGAUGCUCGGACAGUGUUCUGUAUGCAGUUGGCUGCGAGAAUCAGACCUCGUGACCUGGAGGACUUCUUCUCUGCUGUGGGCAAGGUGCGGGAUGUGAGGAUGAUCUCAGACAGGAACUCCCGCAGGUCAAAGGGCAUCGCCUACAUUGAGUUUGUGGAAACAAACUCAGUUCCUCUGGCCAUCGGACUGACGGGGCAAAGGCUGCUGGGAGUUCCAAUUAUCGUACAGGCCUCACAGGCGGAGAAGAACCGAGCAGCAGCAGCCGCAGCAGCUGCAGCAGCCGCGGCUAACAACCUGCAGAAAGGUUCCUCAGGACCGAUGAGACUUUACGUCGGUUCACUGCAUUUCAACAUCACAGAGGAGAUGCUGAGAGGAAUCUUUGAACCAUUUGGACGA